AUGGCGCCUACGGUGACCUCAACGAACAUACAAGUCAACGGCGAUACGCCGAUACCCAAACAAGGCCCUGUCAUUGUUACCCGGCUGGAAGCUGAAAACAAUCAUCCCGAUUAUGCUACCGCAGAGCUAUUGGAAUCUAAAUUGAAUUAUUACUCAAACCCCUCGCUUUUCGUCACCCCAGAUCACGUUGUUGAGAUGCGUGAGACGGCGAUACCAAGGCUGACAGUGAGUCAAGUACUGAUUCAUGUCCGCACCACUGGCAUUUGCGGGUCCGAUCUUCAUCUGUGGCAUCGAGGGGCGAUCGGCCCCUUGACGGUUGAGCACUCUCACGUGCUAGGCCACGAGUCCUCUGGUGUUGUGCUGGCCACCGGGUCAGCCGUCACACAUUUGAAGCCGGGAGAUAGAGUGGCCAUCGAGCCCCAAGUCCCUUGUCAUACCUGCUUCCUGUGUACGUCUGGCAAGUACAAUCUGUGCGAGUCCGUGGCGUUUUCAGGGGUAUGUCAUGCUGGAACGAUCCGACGAUUCAUGACGCACGAAGCACGGUAUUGCCACAAGAUGCCCGAUACUAUGACUUUUGCCCAAGGAGCCCUUCUCGAACCUCUCUCCGUGAUCCUGCAUGCGAUCCGGCAGUGCAAGGGGUCGAUUUCGUUAGGCAAACCGGUAUUAAUCUGUGGGGCCGGACCCAUCGGCCUGAUCGCUUUGGCCGCUGCAAAAGCUUCCGGGGCAUGGCCUCUUGUUAUCACCGACCUUGAGGAAUCACGAUUGAAAUUUGCCCGAAGUUUCGUGCCAGGAGCUCAGACUUACCUGGUUCCACCGUCCGAGACGCCGUUGGAUACGUCGGAAAAGAUCAGGCUGCUCUUCGGAUGCAAAGGGAAUCGCAACGUCGACAAAGGAGUUCCGGAUGAGAAUGAGUACAACGCACCCACGACCGUGCUCGAAUGUACGGGGACUGAGUCCAGUGUUAUCACUGCCGCAUACAGCUGUCGGAGGUCUGGAGUUGUCAUGGUCGUAGGUGUUGGAGGGAGCAUCAUGAACAAUAUACCCUUUAUGCAUCUGAGUCUGGCCGAGAUCGAGCUGAAGUUCAUCAACCGAUAUUCGGAUACUUGGCCAGCCGGCAUCAAUGUCUUGGCCAAUGGACAGGUAUUGAAUCUUGAUUCUCUCGUCACACAUACCUUCCCACUGGAGCGGGCUGUCGAAGCCAUGGCAUUGAGCGUGGACCGGACGAAAGGUAGCAUCAAGGUACAAAUAGUUGAUGAUCGAGAGAUCAAGCUCUGA